AAACAUGUCCAUCACUUCGUUGGAUAAAGAACUCCAAGAGCGACUAAGAGAGGCGUCAGCCAUCGGGGACAUUGACGAAGUACGGACAUUGGUAGAGAGUGGAGUGAACGUCAAUUCCCAAAACGAAAUCAAUGGAUGGACCUGCCUGCAUUGGGCUUGCAAACGGAACCAUAAACAGAUCGUGUCUUACUUACUUAGUAGUGGAGCAGACAAAGACAUCCUCACAGCCAAGGAUGAGCUGGCCUCGCAGCUCACAUCCAAACCGGAGAUAAAACGACUUUUAGGAGUUGAAGUGGAGGACGUGCCUGAGAUCAAGGAGCCUGAGUUACCAAUCAUCCCCAACUAUUUGUCCAACCCUCCUUUUUUGUACGCAAAGAUGGAUAACAAGAUGGAGAUCCUCCUUUCUCAACACCUUGCGCAAAAUGGGAAUAUGGAACACACAGAGUCUACCGAUAGCAAUUCAGGCCCACAUUCUCCAACCCAGCAGUUUCAGAUGUCACAGAUGCUGACAUCUGAUGACCCUGUUCCCCCUACAAAUCCCAUCACUCACAGCCAAGCUCAGGCCAGGGAAUUUGUUCCAGUGGCUGAGCAAAAUGGCACGGCACCUGGGUUAGUGUUAUCUCACAACCACACAGUUGUAAACUGUACAGUGCCUGCGGAUCUGUCUGUCGAGCCACACCUCGUUAACCAUGCAAUGCCACACAAUGGAACCAGGUGCUCGCCUCCUUUGGCUUCACCCAGCCCAGGUUUGGCUUGCAGCAAUGGGGGUCAGGUCCAGGCUCCAGUGCCCAACAGUAACCCAACAGUGAGCAGGCAGCAGUCUAUCCCACAGCAGAUAGGCUACAGUCAGUCAGGCGGAUCUUUGCCAGCCUUCCAGCCAUUUUUCUUCACAAGCACCUUUCCUGUCAAUGUGCAAGAAUUAGUUCUAAAAGUACGCAUCCAGAACCCGAAUGCCCGUGAGAAUGACUUCAUCGAAGUGGAGAUGGACCGUCAGGAGCUAACGUAUCGUUCACUGCUGAGGGUCUGCUGCCGUGAAUUGGACAUAUGUGCUGAGCACGUGGAGAAGAUCCGUAAACUUCCAAACACCAUGUUAAGAAAGGACAAAGAUGUCGCCAGACUGCAGGACUUUCAGGAGCUGGAGGUAGUGCUGGAGAAAUCUGAGGGUUUGUCAUUGUUCUCUGGGACAGGGAGCCUAACUGACAGACCCUGCUACAACAUGAAGGCCUCCCGCCUCACCUAUUAGUGUACCCAGCUUCCCUGCUUCUCUUGGGCUUCUGUAGCCACCUUUAAGCAACCACUAACCAGUUGCCUGCCAGAUCCCUUGUCAAGCUUUCUUCUGCUUGGGCAGUCUGUCAGUUUUUUUCCCUGGAUUUUGUCUUCAAAGUUCUUGAGCUCAUGUACUCCAGGCCCUUUUGCUGCUUAAGUAUUCCCAACUAGUUCUAAGUGAUUAUUGAUGCAUGGUGUCGUGGAUUAUGAGAGAAAGUAUUUGGGACCCUCUGUCCAUCACCACCUAGUGCGUCUUGUGCCAAGACUCCAGGGGAAUGACACGGGGUAGGUCGAGGACAUUAGCUUGUCUUCCUGGGGUUUCUGCAAUAGCCUUAUAUGGACUUGUCCAUCUAAUAGCUGUGGAGAAAAGUGUCAAACACAGUUUGCAUAAGCAUCACAGAUCCAAGCCACAGAAUAGGACGUACAAUAGACUUGAAGUGAAAGAACAAGUUCCACAUGCCUACACACCUUCAUAAAUGCUGUUGCUUUUCAACCUUGGUGUCUUUGUUGAAGAGGGAAGCUCCAUUAGUUUCUUUAAUUUUUGUUUUUUUAGACUGAUCAUUUUAACAGCUGUCUGCACACUUUUCCAACACGAUGGGGAGUUUUAGUUUUCCUAGUGUACUAAUGAAAAUGUGCAUAGAUUUUAAAAUCCCAGAUACCUCAAUUAUUAUUUUUUAUUAAGUACUUUUGAAUUUUUCAAGUUUUAUAGACUAUCACUAAAGAGGCCAGGACACACAUUGUGCUUUCAAUUGUGAAGGCUUAGGCUCCAGUAAAGUUGGGUGUAAUUUUCUCAUCUUCAUCCACAGGUUGCAACUGUUAUUGUACAAUACGAGGCACUGUACUCGUCACUGAGCUCCUUUAACCUGAAGAUAAAUCAAACUCCAGAAAAACUGCAUUACAAAGGAAUGCAGCUGAACUGGUUUUCUUCCUACAAAGAGGGGAGUAAAGAAAAAUGCACCCCCCACUUGAGUUAUUUUUGAGUUAUUAAGUUAAUUUACUAACAAGUUUACAAGUGGUGUGACCUUCUUUGGAUAAUAUUCUCUUCAGUCUUUUUAUUCUGUUGUUUUUGUUUGUUAGUUUGUUUCUAACUGUAGCUUUAUUAGAUAAUAAAAGUUUGUUUGACCUAAUGCAAAAAUGCACUGACAACGAUCAAUACUAAUCUUUUGUAUGUUAUGAUGCUAACAGGCAUAUCAUGAGCCUUAUGUCAGAUGGAAAGGUUAAUGCUGCUUUCACAAUGCUAUGUUCAUGCUGGGGCUCAUUUCCUGACGUUGGGGCUGUAGACUGAGUCGCAUAGUACAGUACAUCCUACAAUCAAAACUGUUCUUACCCACUGCUGUUUUCUUUUUCAAAUAUAUACCUGAGGCUCUUACUUUAUGUUGUACAUUUUCUAUUAAUAUAGGAUUUUUUUCACCAGGUAGGCCUGUUGAGUUUGUAUCAAAACAUUAAUAUCAGAAGCUGACAUUCAUGCACAGCAUGACCAUUCUUGAUGGAAAGUGCAAUUUGAGGUAAAGAUCAUUUAAAAGGCUUUAUUGAUUAAGACUUGGAUGAGCAGGAAGAAAGACGUGGCUAAACAGGGUGGCAGCGUCACAAAAUAGAUAUAUGGCUUAUGUGUGGAUCUGUAAAGCGGAGAAGACUAACAAUAUUAGUGGUUUUGUUCAUUGUUCUAGAGUUGAAUCAGAUUACAAUUCACUUAACCUAUGCAUCCAGAGUCUGAUAUUUUUAUAUAUUAAACAAAAAAAAGUGUCUUGUGUACUUGCAGACAUAACCGUAGGCACUGUUGAAGCUGUUUUUCGUUCUGGAUGUGUUCUUUGAUAAAGCAUGGUGAAUGACAUCAUCUCUUCUCUGUCUCCCUUAAUUCUAGUCAAUACUUGAUCAAUGAUGAGUCUGUGCUGUGGUGUUGCGUUUAUGUCUCCCAACAUAGUUGAAAUACAAUGUUAAAACACUAGAGGGUGAUAGAGUCGUGUACUGUUUAUUUCAUUUCUCAAAGUCCUCUGGUUAAUAAAGACGCACCUUUUAAUCUUACAAUAGUCAGUGUAACGCAAAUGAAAUAUACAGUAUCUAUACACACACACACACACACACAAUAUAUAUGGUAGUUAUAUAACUUUAAAAAAUGAAUCUGAUUCGGAAAACAACGAUUACACAUUUGAUUAAUAGACGAUGAGGCAAGUUUGAUUAAUCUAUUAUAGUUGAACCAACCUACUUUACAUUUCUUCAAUUAAAACAGAAAAUUUUUAUUUAUUUUCUCAAGUGCAGAGUACAGUUGAAUAAAUCAAAGGGAAAUGAUAUGCCAAACAGCAAGGCUGUACAUGUAUUAUUUUAAAAUUAAAAAAAACUUGGCGUGUUUAAUUUCCAUCGACAUGCGGAUAUAUCCUCUCUCAUUGCUGUCUUCACAGGCAAUCCCACAAAUCAAAGUCAUCAAAGUCAAACAAGAAGUAAUAAAAGUAGCACUUUAGACAAUGAAGUCCCAUCCUGCCAUCCUGUGGCGAAAAGUUGAUAUGUCAAUAAUAACAGGCAAUAGGAGCAUUACUUACACAUCAACUGAGGACACAUUUAUGAAUACAAAACAUUUCCUCCACCAUUUCUCUCAAAACCCCCACUUGUUCUCAUGUUGAUGGCAUUUUUAACAACCAAAUAAACUUUUAAAUGUCAAAUUCCAAAAAUAACACUGUCAAACUUCUUCAAUUUUAACUUUGUUACAGGUUUUGUCAUGAUAUCAGCUAUCAUGUCAUCCGUUGUCAAUCAGGUAGCACUCCGCAUCUCCUCUUUUGAGUGCGACUCCACUGCACCGGGUACCAUCUGCCAACUCGACGCUGUGGUUCUCUGGUUUGAACGUCUCCUGGAAGCUUUUGAAUUUGGUCUCGUCAGUGAUGAUAUGAGAUGUCGCUCCCGUGUCCACCAUCAG